AUGGAGUUUACAAGCUCUCAACUUUUGGCAUUAAAUGCCAAACUCCCUUCUGGCUUCAAAAUUAACACUAUAGUCAAAAAGGAAUCAAAAAAUAAGCAUAGGAAAUCAGAACUUGAAAACUUGGAUUUUAAUAAUAUUUAUAUUCCUAGAGAGAAGGAAUUACGCCCAGCCAGAGUAAAGCGCCAAGUAUCAAUUGACAGUUUUGACACCCUACCAAAACAAAGUGAUUCUUUCAAGAAAAUUUAUAAAAUACUCCAAGCAAUUAAGAAGCACGAUUACUCUGAACCUUUUUUGGAGCCAGUGAAUCCUAAGCUUGUCCCAGAUUAUCAUACAGUAAUCAAAGAGCCAAUGGAUUUAAGUACUGUUGAAAAAAAAUUACGUGCGGGAGAAUACGAAACAGGCUAUCAUUUUGCAAUGGACAUGCGCUUGAUUUGGAGCAAUUCUUUUCAGUACAAUGCUAAAAAUUCAGAUCUCUAUGCUAUGACAAUGGAACUCAGCUCGCAUUUUGAAACCCUUAUGAAGGGCAAUGAAAACGUAAUGCUUGCUGACAAACAAGAUGUCAUGCAAGACUUAUAUCAGAAAAUCGAAAAAUUAUCAAAAGGUAUGAAAGAAAUUCAAGCUAACAAAGCCAACCCUCAAGCCGCUACAACUUCAUCAAUCGUAAAAGUCCCUGCCAAGCCUCCUGUUGAAAAGCCUAUGACUUUAAACGAGAAAAAAGUGCUAUGUAGCAACAUCAAAAAACUUGACCCAAAGUACUUAAAAGGAGUUUUAGACAUCGUCCAAGAGUGUAUGAACGUCCAAGGGGAAGAGCUUGAAUUUGAUAUAGACAAGCUUCCUUCCAAUGUAUGUCGAGAACUUGAAAAAUACGUAAAACAAUGUUUAGCUAACGCCAGUAGGUCUCAGUCUAAGAAAAAAACUAAGUCAAUCAAUAUAGAUGGCAUGAAAUCAAUCCAAGAAAUGACUUCUUCUAGGCUCAAAGAUCUAGACCAACAGCUAGAACAGCUUUCACAGAACAAAAAGCCUGAUACCCAGCCUCCACAGCAGCCUGCAGUAGCAGAAGAAUCGAGCUCUGACAGUUCUUCAUCUAGUAGCAGUGAAGAUGAAGAAGAACUGCCAAUGCCUACGAAUAAUGAAGCACAGCAGCAGCAAAUAUUCCAAAACCCUUAUAAUCAGCAAAUUCAGCCAAGCACGUGGAGUAUGUUUGGGAGCACCAUGGAUGGGUUUCAAGAUUUCAGUGUAGGUGGUUUUGGAAGUCUGUAUGAUUUUGAUAAGACGGACUAUUUCAAAUAA